AUGGAAUGGAACAAUAAUUCAGGGUGGUUCCUUCUGUCCAACAACUCAGCAUUUGCUCUUGGAUUCUACCAAGGUCUUGAUGUCACUGAUGUCAAGUCAUUUUUACUCGUAGUCUAUCACUUGGGUGCGUCUAAAGCGGUUUGGACUGCUAAUAGAGGCAAACUGGUUGCAAAUUUUGAUAAGUUUGUCAUAACCAAAGAUGGGAAUGUCUACUUGAAAAGUGGUGAUGAUACGGUUUGGUCUACCAACACAACUGGAGAAGUUGUUACAGCCAUGGAAUUGAGGGAUUCAGGAAACUUGGUGUUGCUUGGAGAGGAAGGAAGGACUCUUUGGCAGAGUUUUAGCCACCCAACUGAUACUCUUUUACCAGGUCAGGAGUUCUUGGAAGGAAUGAAACUUAAGAGCUUUCGGAACAAAAAUAACUUGUCUAGUUAUCUUGAGAUUCAGUCAGGAGAGUUGGUUCUGUAUGCUGGAUAUCAAACUCCACAGAUCUAUUGGUCAAUAGCAGAUGAGAGCAGGAAAAGCAAUAACAAUGUCAGUGGCAAGGUUCAUUCUGUGUCUCUGGUGUCCAAUUCGUUGAAUUUCUAUGAUCAAAGUAAAUCCUUACUUUGGCAAUUUGUGUUCUCUGACAAUAAAGAUCCGAAUGCCUUCUGGGCUGCUGUUUUGGGCCCCGAAGGCUCAAUCACCUUCCUCAAUUUUCAGAAAGGAAGUUCUGUUGUCCCUGAAGCAACUAAGAUCCCACAAGAGUUUUGCAGCCUUCCUGAGCAUUGUGAACCUUACAAUGUGUGUUUUCUGGAUGGUUGGUGCCAAUGCCCUUCACCUCUCAUCUCUCGCUUUAAUUGCAAACCUCCAGCAGUCCCAUCAUGUAGUACCUCUAAAAGUUCAGUGGACCUUAUAUUUGUUGGUGAGAAGUUUGACUACUUUGCACUGGAUUUUUCUAAACCCUCUUUGAAAUCUAAUAUGGAUUCUUGCAAAGAAGCUUGCCUUGAUAAUUGUUCUUGCCUUGUGUUGUUCUUUGAAAACAGAACUGGAAAUUGUUUUCUGUUUGACCAGGUAGGAAGUUUCCAACGUUCUGUUGGGAAUGACACUGGUUAUACCUCAUAUAUGAAAGUAGGGCUAAGCGCAGCAAAUAAAGCAAAUGGAAAUGGAAGCAAGCACAUCCUUGUCAUUGUGGCCAUUUUGAUUUCAACAAUCAUAAUUAUUGCUGGUCUACUUUAUGUGGGACUUGGAUACUACCACAAGAAGAGAUUAUUGGACUACUCUCAAGAAAUCUUGGAAGAGGACAAUUUCUUGGAUAGUCUGUCCGGAAUGCCAAUACGCUUCAAGUACAGUGAUCUCAGCACAGCAACAAAGAAUUUCUCUACAAAAAUUGGCCAAGGAGGGUUUGGUUCAGUUUAUCUAGGUGUUCUUCCAGAUGGCAUCCAACUUGCAGUGAAAAAGUUAGAAGGACAAUUUCAAGGGAAGAAAGAGUUCAGAGCAGAAGUCACUAUUAUUGGGAAAAUUCGACAUGUCCAUUUGGUCAAGCUCAGAGGCUUCUGUGCAGAAGGGCAUCACAGGCUACUCGUUUAUGAGUACAUGGGAAAAGGGUCUUUGGAUAAAUGGAUAUUCAACAACAACAAAAGUGAUGAUCAAUUUCUGAAUUGGAACACAAGAUUCAGUAUUGCAUUGGGAACUGCUAAGGGGUUGGCUUAUCUCCAUGAAGAAUGUGAAGAGAAGAUUGUUCACUGUGAUAUAAAACCUGAAAAUGUGCUUCUUGAUGACAACUUUAAUGCCAAAGUUUCAGAUUUUGGAUUGGCCAAGCUGAUGAACCGGGAGGAAAGCCUUGUACACACAACGCUGAGGGGCACGAGGGGUUACCUUGCACCAGAAUGGCUAACCAAUUAUGCCAUAUCGGAGAAGAGUGAUGUGUACAGUUAUGGCAUGGUCUUGCUUGAGAUUAUAGGUGGAAAAAGGAACUUUGCUCCUGGGGAGAGUUCCGGGAAAUCCCAUUUUCCUUCUUAUGCCUUUAGGCUGUUGGAAGAGGGAAACUUGAAAAAUUUCCUUGAUCCAAAGCUUGAUGUUGAUGAAACUGAUGAAAGAGUUGUGGCUGCAAUCAAUGUGGCAUUGUGGUGUAUUCAGGAUGAGAUGCAAAUGAGGCCUCCCAUGACUAAGGUAGUCCAAAUGCUUGAAGGUCUUUGUGCUCUACCACCACCGCCUACGUCCUCCCCAAAGUCAGUUUCUCAUUUGAGUUUCUUACAAUGGAGCAGCAAAGAAGCUAGUUCAUCAGCAGGACUCAGUGACUGCUAUACUGAUAUACCCAUGUCAGAUGUUCGGCUCUCGGGUCCAAGGUGAUAGAAGUACAUUAUAUGGGUAUAGAUGUAUAAUUGGGUUUUAUGCUUUCAAGCAACGUGUUAGCUUAUGCAUAAUUUAACAGUUCAUGUUGUGAUGUAUGCCCCUGAUGUAUGUUCCCUUUCAUUAUGAUAUAUGAUACCGAUCAUUUCCAU